AUGGAGAUCACCUACGUGUACACCAAGCUCCGCAAGGAUUUCGGGCGCUACGUUUCCUACAAGCGCGUCGAUGCUGAAGUUCUCCUGGAUUAUACCCCAAACGCAGACGACACCAAGGAUCUGUGGACUGAGGAGCAGUACGCUGAAAAGGCCGUCCAAUCUGGUGAAGAUUUUUCUGAGCACACCGUCAAUACCCACAGGAUAACAGUUGACACACGCGGAGUUCAACACAAGCAAGGCGGCUGGCCCAGGGAGAUAGACCCAACAGAUGCAGAGCACACCACGCGCUACCGCAAAAAGGUGGAACGUGACCCUGGCUAUGCAGUCUCGAUUAAAGCGUGUGUGGAUAAGCUCGAGGAUGCAACCCUUUUGAACAAUGCUAUGGACUUGACAGAAAGAUACUUCAGUGAUACUGCGGAGAGCUCUCUUCUUUUGCACGCGCAGCCACCCACAGUGAAAGUCAUUUCCAUAUUCAGGGAUCCAGCCAGCAUUAAGCGCACUGCUCGCCGAGUACUUUGGGCUCCUGAGACAUCUAAGCUCCCUAAGAAAUUCGUCACCGCAUUUUGCAACAUGACUUACCAGUACGACAUCAAUCUCAACCGGGCGCUAGCAAAAACGAGCUCCCUAGCCGACACCGAGCUUUACCGGGACCCGACAGAAACAGGUCUGACUAUCACAGGAGGAGAGCCCAACAUAAUUGGUUCAUUCAACUUGCAGAACUCAUCGUCGUACAUCUACGAUGUUAAUAAUAGCAACGCGCCUGACUUCGAGCUCAUAGCACCAAAUAGUAGCAGUAAUGCAGCUAUCACGUCUCUCCGGUACUCUACCAAAGACGCAAACAUCCUCUUCGCUGGGUUAUACAACGGCCAGGUGGGCUUUUAUGAUUGUAGGAAGUCGCACCACAUCGUCGAUACAUCACCGGUGGAAAUUAGCCACAAGGACUCUGUCUAUGAUCUAUAUGUUGUCAAGAGCAAGUCUAGCACAGAGUUUGCGUCCAUAUCAACGGACGGAAGGGUGCUCUGGUGGGAUGCCCGUAACUUCAGCAAGUAUACGCAGGAGCCUGUGGAGCUAUUCAUUACAAGUGACGAUGGGUUUUCGGGUGAGAAGUCCAAGUCCAGACCAGACACGAAAAACUCUACGGGCAGAAGCGCAGGAGAAGCAGAAUUCUUGAUAGGCGGGACGUGCUUAAACAUAGACCCUGUUGCCGGCCUUUCCAAAUUCCUUGUGGGGUCUGAAGCCGGGCACAUAAUUCACUGUAAUAGAAAGAACAAGCCUUCGGAACGUGUAACUCAGGUUCUGAUUGGCCACAAUGGGCCCGUCCACUGUAUCAACCGAUCUCCAUUCUUUGGCAAGUUCUUUAUCAGCUGUGCAGACUGGUCGUGCAAGAUAUGGGCAGAUGAUAUAAGGACCCCCAUCCUUACGACGGCGUACUCGCCUGGUUCGGUAAAUGCAUGUUGCUUCAGCAACACACGCCCGGGAGUCUUCGCAACUGCCCGCUCAGAUGGUUAUUUAGAUAUCUAUGAUCUCUUCUACAAGGUCGACACCCCUACUUUAUCUUGUAACGUCGGCAACGCGAGCCUUUGCUCCUUGGAGAUUGAUCCUACAGGUGAGUUCCUGCUUCUGGGGGCUAAUGAUGGUGCAGUUAACUUGCUACAGAUGUCCUCUGGACUGCACACCUCGACAAAUAUGGUCUUAGAAAAACAGUUUAUUCAGAACCUUUUCGAGCGAGAGUCCAAGCGCGAGAAGGCGCUGGAGCAGAGGACUAAAGAGAUGAAGCUGAAGAGCGCGGACAAUGCACCAAAGGGCCCGAGAGACAUUGACAUUGUGAUUGACCCCGAUCUCUUGGCAAACAUUGAAGACGAGUAUGGCAACUUUACAUUUUAA